CGAGAUUGGGCUGUCAGCGCCCUCCCCCUCUUGUGUCCCCAUGUCACCAACAAAGUCCCCAUUUCCUGCAGCACUUGACCAGGCCUGUCGUGACCGGGGGGUUAAGCCCAGCCAUGCCGUGUUUUGCGGGGGAGCCCGGAAUCUGCCACUCUCAAGUGUUCCCUCUCCUUGUCAGCUUGUCUGAUGUGAGAGACCCUGAUAUCUGCCAGCCUGACAACCUGCCAACCUACUCAGGAACCAACUCCAAGUUCCCGGCUAUAUCCGCUUCGACAAUACGACGUCGUCUUGGGCUCGACUCUGACUUUGAUUCACUAAACAGAACACCUCUCUAACCUCUGGCUGUCCUGGCUGUCCUGGCUUUGGGAUGUUACCAUCUCCCAUACAAGCUCGGUCCGGCCUGCAUGGGGCCAAGCUGCAAUUCUACUAUACUCUGAGCCGGAAUCCUCCCGCAAUCCUGCAAUCCGAGCCGGCCAGCCAGCAAGGCCAGCAAGGCCCAGCCAGCCCUCAAGUCCCCCACGGCGAGGAGCAAGGAGCAAGCUGAGCAAGCAAAUCAGCGCCCCGCGUUGACGAGAAGCCCGGCAUCAAUUGAUUGCAUCCGAUGAGCACAACUUGACGUCCCUGUCGUCCCCCGGCCCUGCCUGUUGUUUCCCGGCAUUGCCUCUUGUUUGUUCAACAUUGAACCACCCCCCCUCCCUUUCUUCCCUCCUCCCGGCGUCCUGCCCUGCGGAUCGAUACACCAGCCUCUGCUCGAUUUCAGAUGCUCGGCCUGCGUUCCAAGCUGCACCUGGUCAGGCAGGGACGCAAAUCGUCGCCCCGGUUGAUAUCGGAUUCGCCCUGCCUGUUGGAUAACGAAUACGACCCUGCUACUGCCGCCCCGACCCAGCGCGCUGGAUCGACGUCCGCCCCAGAGCCGAGUCACCUUCCCUCUUGGUCCGCCCCACGCCGCCUGGCGUUAGACACGCUGCCAGACCACAUCGUGCAAGACGUUGCUAUUUUCUGCGGGCCUGAUGCCAUCCUGGGCUUACGACACACCUGCCGGUCCUUACAUCGCGCCCUGGACUCCCCUGACUUUUGGGCCGAGAUUGCCCGGCGACGAAUGGACCCUCCCACCAAUGGCACGCCAGGCCGAGACGCCCUCAUACAAAUGAUCAAGGCACAGAUGGACAGCGACGACUUCAUGACCAGAGACCAGGAUGCAAGGAGAGACGCCUUCCUCUGCCUCGCCGUCACUCUUCCCCCGAGGCAGCGGGCCCGCAUCAAAGCAACAAUGGGCCCGCUCUUGGCAAGGGCACGGAUCAAGGGUUCGGGCAGGGGUCCUCCUCCUGAGGCUGCCUCGGAUCGCACCUCCGACGACCAACAGGGCCAACGGGGCCAGCAAGGCCAACAGGACCAACCAGACAAAAAAAGUGCUGGCCCACUACCUGAUCAAAAUGGCAACGACUGCGACGUUGCCGCCGAGAUCGAGACGAGACUGGGGCUGAUGUCCACCCUUUGUGUCCUUGGAUAUUCGGAUGUAUGCGAUGUUGAUCUGGGCAGGGCCCUCAUGGCCAUCAACCCUUGGACCAUGAGGGCCAACAUUUGGUCCGAGAAGAAGCUGCUGGCGCAGAAACAACUAAGCCUUCAACUGGCAUUCACCAUGACACUGGGCCUGAUCCAUCCCUGGAACUGGUCCAACGUCCCUGCUGAAGCACCCGAGUACAAAAGUCUUGCACAGCGCGUGAUGGCCGACUACCAUGCCCAGGACUUCACAUCCUCAAACCAGAGCUUCUGGCUCAGCUGGGAGGGCCUGCACACAAGAUCACUGCAGCUCGCCGGCCUGAUGGCCUACAUACUCAAGACCAGCGGCCUCGAAGACACACCUCGGUCAGAUUUGAUCCCACUACUUCGUGACACAGCGUCACAAUCAAAUUCAGACAAAGUUCCCACUCCAUCAUCAUUACCACCAACCCAACUCAAGAUACCAUUACUGGAGAAAACGAAGGGUGGGCGGCAUGGCGGAAUAACGGGCCAGUCAAACUCGUGGCAGGAGUGGUAUACCUCUCGGGUACGAGACCUGGUCAACACCAUCGACCAAGACGACGACGACGAAUGGUACGGAUAUUACGUCUACACGCUGACCAGCACCGAAAACCGCAACCCCAUCGGGUCCAAGGACCCAGCCAUGGAGAACAUCCACUUCAGGCUCGGUAGACCACCACCGCCACCACCAACUCCCACAUCAACCACAACAACAACAAAGAAGCGGUCCUCCCCGACCCCACAGCCACCACAGAAACUACCCCUCGAGGCGAGGGACUGCCAGGACGGCAUCACGCGCAGCUUCGACCUGGUGGGCACCGUGGCCCCCGCGACGGGCAUCGUCAGCCUGCGCAAGAGCUACGUCGGCGCCCACUCGUGGGACUACGAGGGCGUCAUGACGCCCCUGGGCAUCGUGGGCGAGUGGGGCAAGGAGGAGACGGGGUUCAACGGGUACUUUUGGCUCUGGAGGCGGAGCUGGAUGGGCGGCGGCGGCGGCGCUGGUGGUGCUGGUGAGGAGGGGAGGGGCCAGCAGACUUAUGCUUAUUCUUGAUUAAUUACCCUGCCUCCGCAUUGAUUACCCCCACUGAGGCCUGGUGGCUGGUUGGUUUGUUGGUUGGUUGGGUGGGCUGAGCAGAGUUGAGUGGGCUGGGGAGGGGGGGGCGUGAGGCUCGAUGUAUUCAUCUUGAAGUUGGUGAGGAAUUUUUCUAGGUUGUGUUAUUAGCAGAUCAGCGGGCCUCUUGAGGGAAUUCUGGACUUUUAUCGACAAGGAGGCGAAUAUCACCAUAGCGAAAUUGGAACUUUAUAGUCUUUUU